AGAAUGUGAGAAUCCAUUCAGGGCCUACCAUGCUGUCGAAGUUCAACGUUUCUUCUCAAACUCAAACCCCAUAUUAUCUUUUUGAUUUUCAUAUACGAAAAUCUAUGUGUUUAAAACAUUUAUUAGAUUGUGAAAUUAGAAGAAAUUAUCGAGAAUAAUGCCGAAAGGAAAGAAGAAAGGAGGGAAGGGAAGAGUGUCCCAGCCACCAAGUGAUGAGGAAUAUGAUACUGCUGAUAAUGUCAGUACAGUCAGUGUCCAGUCAGAGGAACACAACAGUAUUCCAGAAGAAGAUGGUGUGGAUGAAGCAAGUGCUCAAGAAAACUUUGAAGAUAAGCUGAAGGAAUGUAUAGAAGGAAUUCUACAGAAAAGUGCACAAGGGAGAAAAUCCUGUCUGGAGGGGUUGACAAAAGCAUUAAGUAAAAAAUGCAUUUCAGAAUUCCUUCUUGACAGGAAGAUGACAGUGAGUGACUGCCUGGUGAGAUGUAUAAAGAAGGGAAGAGGUGAUGAGCAGGCUCUCGCUGCACGAUGUCUGAGCUUGAUGUGUAUCCAGCUGGGUCUUGACAUCGAGGAUGAGAUUAAGGCACUGAAGCCUCAGCUGAUGGCCACCAUGACUGAUAACAGUGCUGCGGUAAAGGGGAGAUCUGAGUGUGCACUGACUCUGGGACUUUGUCAUUUUCUUGCCUGCAGUGACAUAGAUGAUGUUAUGAAGACAAUGGAUGCGUUAGAGGGAAUUUUCAAACUGUCGUACAGGAAGGGAGAUAAGAGCAUCCCCAACAUUAAUCCUGAGGUGUGUCGUCUACAUGCUGCAGCUCUUAGUUCCUGGAGUCUGCUAUUGUCCAUUGCUCCAUCGUUUCUAGUCAACAAACUUGUUGAAAGUCAUAUAGGAAAGCUGCCUGACCUACUACUGAGUAAAGAUGUAGAACUUAGGAUAACUGCAGGAGAAACCAUUGCUCUUAUGUAUGAGCUGGCAAGAGAAGAAGACGAUGAAUAUGAAGGUGAUGAUAUUGACACUUUGAUUGACACACUGAAGACUCUCGCCACUGACUCGCAGAAAUAUAGGGCCAAGAAAGAGAGACGUCAACAGCGCUCUAGCUUUAGAGAUAUUCUCCGAACUGUGGAGGUUGGAGACUCGCCAGAAAAUUGUGUGAAAUUUGGGAAGGAAAACUUUGUGAUUGACUCCUGGGUAAAACAAAACCAAUAUGAUGCUCUGUGCUUGGCACUUACUUCGGGAAUCUACCAACACCUACAGGAUAAUGUCCUAGUACGAGAAGUGUUUGGCCUAGGUGACCCUCUCCUCCCCUCUGCUCCUGGUUCUUCAUCUAAACCAACCAAGUGGGAAAGGACCCAUUACAAUGCUGCUGUUUUUAAGGCCAGGACUAAAGUGCGGUCCAAACACAGAGACAAGCGAACUGUGAUGAUAAGUGGAGAUUAACUAGACAUCUCUGCCAUGUACGACUGUGAGACUGACUGAUUAUUUAUGUAUAAGUGUACAGACCACAAUCUCAUUAAAACAGUGGACCGUGCCAGCUAUGGGGACAUUUGAUUGAUAUACUGCUGAACAUAACAAACUCCACAUUUAGUGUGAUCAGCUUAGAACUUUGGGAAAUAAUUUGUGGAAGACCACAGUUUUUAAUCAGAUUGUAAAUAUUAUAAUUUUGAUCAUUUGUAAUGAGAGAAAAGUGUGUGCAAGUGUAUAGUGUUGUUAUAUUAUAAGAGUGAUUUUAUGAUAUUUUAAAAGUGCUAAAGCAAAACUUGAGAAUAUUUUGAGUGUCCAACGCCGGUCAGUGCCAUGUAUUUAUGGGAAUUAGAUGAUUUGCUGGUUCAUUCAUCAUUUAUGUACUACGUUACUGCCCAGUGCCACAUUUUGAUAUUUUCAACACUAUUGUCUUACUAGUCUAAAGGGGGUAAUACCGUCAGUAGUAAUAUUUAUUAUUAGCUCAGAGUUGAGAUCAGGGGUGAUAUUACAACAUUACUAGCUCAGAAUUGAGAUGAGGAGUGAUAUUACAACAUUACUAGCUCAGAAUUGAGAUGAGUAAUAUUACAACAUUACUAGCUCAGAAUUGAGAUGAGUAAUAUUACAGCAUUACUAGCUCAGAGUUGAGAUGAGGAGUGAUAUUGCAACAUUACUAGCUCAGAGUUGAGAUGAGGAGUGAAAUUACAACGUUACUAGCUCAGAGUUGACAAGAGGUAAUAUUACAAUGUUACUAGGAGGGGUAAUAUUGCAUUGAUAGCUCAGAGUUGAGAUGAGGGGUGAAAUUACAACAUUACUAGCUCAGAGUUGACAAGAGGUAAUAUUACGAUGUUACUAGGAGGGGUAAUAUUGCAUUGAUAGCUCAGAGUUGAGAUGAAGAGUAAUAUUACGACAACAUUAAUACUAGCUCACUUAAGAUGAGGGAUCAGUUGAAUCUCGGUGCCUGUGGUAUAAUCGUAACCAAGAGUACUGAUUUCUUUACUAUCAAAUAUUGGUUUAAAUAAUUUACAGACAUAAGUAUGAUUAAAUGACUGUGUUCCAGCAAAAAAAUGAAAAACAGCUUAAGACAAUAUUUCAAAAACAAAGUCUUUUUGACUACAAAUGUAUUGAGAUGUUAAUUGUAGAUGCAUGGUCAGUGACAACUGAGUUGUUAUUGUUGAUGCUUAAAAAUUGAUUGCAUUUACAGUGUGUGGGUGUUUUGUUGUGGAAGGUAAUUUUGUGGGCUACAUUACAUGAAAUAAGACAAUAUAAUAACAUACAUGAUAGAAUUGAAUAGACUUUUGAAGGUGGAGAAGUUAUUCAAAUGUCUGAUUUCUAUUGGGUUUUGUAAUAUGUUAGAAAGACACCACUUUAGAUAAGGUAUUUGCUUAACUACUAAUCUUCAGUAUUUUCAACCAUGACCAAAAGCAUGACAGAAUUAGUUGGGCCUCUCUGUUAAGAGAAACAAGAUUUACAUGUAUUUUUAAUUAACUCUAAUUCUUUGGCACUAAUGGCGGUCGUUUUAGGUUGGAGAUAAUUCAGGACUGAGAGGAAUUAUUUUGAGGGACAAGACAUUUUAUAGCAAAAAACCCAUUGUUUUUGUGCACAAUUUUAAAAGCUUGUGUCGGUCCCCAAAAGUUAUUUUCAGAUUGUUUCAAUAACAGUAUUACAAUGGAUGGUUAAUUGGGCAUUCUUUACACCAUAUCUGGUUAAUACAUCUAUGUAUUGCCAUUAUUUUUUAAUUUUCUUGUGAUUAAACUAAUGAAUAUUGUGUGGACUGAAGAUAAUAUACUUUAAAGAAUUUACAAAAAUAGACUCCGACUUGUUUACGAUGCCUAUUUGUGUGCGAGUUGUAGGGAAAUUCAUUGUUUAUGCUUUAUAGAGUAUCAGGUUUUUACUUAGGAUUUACUAUAAAGCCUAUUUUAUGUUAAACAUGUCAUAUUGCUAAAUCUUAGCAAGAGUAAUGAAAUGAAGUUUGAUUUUUGAUAUUAUAUCUAAUUCUCUUGACACCAUCAGAAUAAAACCCUGCAGGUAAGACAUUACAGUUAUUUAAACUUUAGGUCUAUUCGUCUAAGAAUAUUCUUUAUUGGUAUGAAUUCCUUUUAAAAAUCAAAGUGUGUAGAUAUUCCUGCACAAAUCUGGACUGUAACAUAAUGCCACAGACUUAGAAAAAUAAAAUAGUACUAAAAUCUC